AUGCACCUCAGAGCAUUCUGCAUGCUCACUUUGGGCCUCCUCAUCACUGCUGUUCAGGCACGGGUGAUCGCCACUGGUCCAGUCAACACCAUCGGGCCAGCAAUUUCAGAUCUCAAUCACGUCGUCCCCAAUGUCAGCUCCACACCAUUGUCCUUUCAGAAGCGCCAGUGCGUCAAGCAAAGCGAUGGCGAGAUUGUUUGCGACUUCCUCUGGCCGACCAUGAGCGAAAUGCUUUAUCGCCUGAACGAUGCUUCGGAUGGCGUGAAAGUAUCACCUGAUAUCCACCACUACUUCUACACCAACAACCGCAAGCCGACACCCGAGGAACGCGGCAAAGACGAGACCACCUACGACAUCCAAGUGAGAUGGGCUGCGGGCUGGAUGGCUGCCAUGAACCUGCCAGCCAUCAACUGGCGACAGGGCGUGAGUGAAGACUGGUGGAAGACGCAGAACGAGUGGGUGAUUGCGAAUUGGGAGCUCAUGGACACCGGCAGCGAUCCUGGCAUGCUGAACCCGGGCUCUAAUCUCCAACCGAAGCAAGGCGCCGACGCCGGAGUUAUCUUCACCUUUUGCUUGCUCCAGGCGUACUGUCGUGCAACGCUGAAUCCAGAGGUUUACCUCUUCACGCAGAAAGGGGACUUCAAGCCGAAUCAAGUGUGGGCUGAUGUCGAAUUCUGGGUGCUGACGCAGAAUCCGGCCGUCCAGAAGAUCUGGCGGGUUGAUCCGGCUCCAGGAUGUCAUCAGGGGGAGGCGGACAAAGAAGUUCUUUGGGAUCGUGCGAGAGGGGAUCCGGAGGGCACGCCGAAGUGGAUUUGCCCUGUGAACGAUAACUCGCCCUGA